UUUUUUUUAGCUCGAGAAAAGUUUGAGAACAUACUAAGGUGUCUGGUUUUUAGUUUUCUUUCCAUUUAUGGGUUCAUUUGCUUCGUCUUGCACGUUAUAGUUUUCCUAAUUGGGUAAGCUCCAAGGUAGCUUCGUCCUUAUUAAUUCUAUUUUUUCUUUAUUCAUUUUCUGUAGCCAUAUGUUGUUUAUUUUCCCGAGAAAUUUUAUCCACACCCACACAGCCAGAUCUUUUUUUUAACUCCGAGUCUCUCUCUCUGAUACUUAAAUACCACCUCUCUACAAGCUCCACCAAAUCUGGAAUACCAAUAGAUUCGUUUUAUUUCCUUCUGCACAAUCUCAGAGCUACCCAAAAUAAUUCUCUCCUUUUCUUUCUUUGACUCACUUACACAGAUCUCGUCUCGACUAGAUUUUACUCAUUUCUUUUUCUUUUUCUUUUUUUUUCUCUAAAAAAGUUUUAAACUUUUAAAGAUUCCGCUUGAAGUGGGUGUCUAAUAAAAGUCUCGAGCAAUGCUUCCAACAAAUUCUUAUGGUUUCUUCUCUAAACAAUUUAAAAAUGAAGUAUCAUUCGACAGUGAUUUUUGUGUUCUUUCUCUGAUCCUCUUAUCUCUUCCUUCCCAACAACUAUAAACCCAAAACACACAAAUUUUAUUUUAUUCUUGGGAUCUUCUUGAUCCCAAACCCCUUAAAUCCGUUGACCUUUGUCGGUAUGAUUUGUUCUUACACAUCGUAAAAAAAAAAAAAAAAAAAAAAACAGAGAGAAAGGUUUUACUUUUCGGACAUGGAGGUUCUGAGACCGACGGCGACGUCACACGUGUCAGGUGGCAACUGGCUCAUGGAAGAGACGAAGAGCAACGCAGGUGUCACGGCUUCUGGAGAAGGUUGCACGUGGACGGCGGCGGAGAACAAGGCAUUCGAGAAUGCUUUGGCUGUUUACGACGACAACACUCCUGAUCGGUGGCAGAAGGUGGCGGCGGUGAUUCCGGGGAAGACUGUGAGUGACGUCAUCAGGCAGUACAACGAUCUGGAAGCUGAUGUCAGCAGCAUCGAGGCCGGUUUAAUCCCGGUCCCCGGUUAUAUCACCUCUCCUUUCACUCUGGAUUGGGCCGGUGGUGGUGGCGGCGGAUUCAAACCGGGUCACUCUGUUUGUAAUAAACGGUCGUCGGCCGGUAGAUCGCCGGAGCUGGAGCGGAAGAAAGGCGUUCCUUGGACGGAGGAAGAGCACAAGCUAUUCUUAAUGGGUUUGAAGAAAUACGGGAAAGGAGAUUGGAGAAACAUAUCUAGGAACUUUGUGAUAACGCGAACGCCAACGCAAGUCGCUAGCCACGCCCAAAAGUACUUUAUCCGGCAGCUUUCCGGGGGCAAGGACAAAAGACGAGCAAGCAUUCACGACAUCACCACCGUGAACCUAGAAGACGAAGCUUCUCUGGAGAGCAACAAGAGCUCCAUUGUUGUAGGAGAGCAGCGUUCUAGGCUUACCCCGUUUCCGUGGAGCCAAACGGACAACAAUGGAACGCAUGCGGAUGCUUUCAACAUUACGAUUGGAAACGCUAUCAGCAGCGUUCACCCGUACGGCCAGGUUAUGCUUGGAGGGUAUAACAAUGCAGAUUCUUGCUAUGAUGCGCAGAACACAAUGUUUCAGCUAUAGCUAAUGGGAGAUAUAAAUCUCUAAUUAAAGGGUGUAAGUGAGAUUCUUAAAUUUUUCAUAUGGACGAAAUUAAACAAUCGUAAUUGACAAUUGUAAAAUAAACGUCCAUUUUUAAAAAUUCCAAUAUUGAAAUAGUUUAUGAAAAGUUUCGUGAUCA